AAAAAAGAAAAAACAAAAAAAAAAAGAGAUUUAUACGUGCCGGACUUCUACGACAGGUCACCGGCAGAGACAGAGCUAUGGAAGCUCCGAAAACGACGGUAGUAAUCUUAACGCUAAUUUUAGUGAAUUCGGACAUCUUCAUUCCCAGAACUUCGUCGGAAGGCGUUACCGCGGAGGAAGCUGUUCAGCUCAGAGAUGAGGUUCGCGAAAUGUUCUAUCAUGCUUUUGAUGGGUAUAUGGAGCAUGCUUUCCCUCGUGAUGAGUUAAAGCCUUUGUCUUGCGGAGGUGAAGAUACACUUGGUGGCUAUGCUUUGACAUUGAUCGAUUCUCUUGACACGUUGGCUUUACUUGGUGACAAAGAACGCUUCAGCACUUCUGUUGAAUGGAUUGGUAAAAAUCUUCAGUUUGAUAUUAAUAAAACAGUUUCGGUGUUUGAAACUACAAUCCGAAUUCUUGGAGGCUUACUCUCUGCUCACCUGAUCGCAAGUGAUUAUAACACGGGCAUGAGAGUUCCUUCAUAUGAUGAUGAAUUGCUUCAUUUGGCAGAGGAUUUGGGGCGCAGAAUGCUGCCUGCAUUUGAUACUCCGACAGGGAUUCCUUUUGGAUCUGUCAAUUUAAGGCAUGGCGUGGAUCAAAAUGAAAGCAAGAUCACAUCAACAGCUGGGGGUGGUACUUUAACUCUAGAAUUUGGAGUGCUGAGCCGCUUAACAAAUGAUCCCAUUUUUGAGCAACUUACGAAGAAUGCUGUUCGAGGCAUCUGGGCUCGGCGUUCAAGAAUUAACCUAGUUGGUGCUCAUAUAGAUGUCUUUACUGGUGAAUGGACACAAAAGGAUGCUGGGAUAGGAACGAGUAUAGACUCUUUCUAUGAGUAUCUCCUAAAGGCUUACCUACUAUUUGGGGAUGAAGAGUAUGUGUUCAUCUUUCAAGAAGCUUAUAAGGCUGCAAUGCACUAUCUCUACAAUGACCCCUGGUAUGUGGAGGUUAAUAUGAAUUCUGCUGCCCUUGUUUGGCCAUUAUUCAAUAGUUUACAAGCAUUCUGGCCAGGCCUUCAGGUUCUAGCAGGGGAUCUUGAACCGGCUAUUCGUACUCAUGCUGCCUUCUUUAGUGUUUGGAAAAAAUAUGGAUUCACUCCUGAAGGUUUCAACUUAGCCACACUUAGUGUCCAGCGAGGUCAGAAAAGCUACCCUCUGAGGCCAGAAUUAAUUGAGAGCACAUAUUGGUUGUAUAAAGCUACUAGGGAUCCCAGAUAUCUUGAUGCUGGAAGGGAUAUGCUUGCUAGCCUUCAAUCUAGUGCUCGAUGCACUUGUGGGUAUUGUCAUAUCGCAGAUGUUGAAGCCCAUUCACAGGAGGAUCACAUGGAAAGCUUUUUCUUAGCAGAAACGGUAAAAUACUUGUGGCUUCUUUUCGAUUUGGCUGCUGGUCCGGAUAACCUCGUUGAGAAUGGUCCCUACAAGUACAUUUUCAGCACUGAAGGCCACCUGUUGCCUGCAACUCCACAAAUAUCCUUAGUGCGUGAACAUUGUUUAUAUUUUGGAGCAUAUUGUCGAAGUAGUGAUCUGAGACUGGAGACCAAUAUCUCAAUAAUUGCAAAAGACCCUCGAGAAAUGAACUCAAAUGGAUCUUACUCAUGUCCUGGUGCUGCAUGUUCAUUGUCACGCUUUAACCCUCAAAAUUCUCCUCCAAUGUCAGGAUUGAUUAAGCAGGGUUUCUGUCCUGGUAUUACACAUGGGCAAAGGUUUGGUAUACAGUAUGCAGCUUCAGCAGAUGAAAAUCAUCAUGAUGAGCCUUCAGCACAAAGGUCUGAGAAUGUUGUUCAGAGCCAUUCAGUUGUAGUGAUAUCAAACCAUAAUGCUGAACUCGCUAGUCCCCAGCCAAGUGCACAGAUUGAUCAUGAUAAAGAUAGUGAACCAAAUGACCCAGUAUCAGCAGUUCCACCAGAAGAGGAGAGACAACCGGGCGUCUCAAAAGAACUUUAGGAUUGCUGAGCGAAAGAGUUCAACUUGACCUCAGAUCAUCCGAACCCAUUUUUUCUUCCGACGGCUCUUUCUUCAGUCAAAAGAGAGUUCAAACUGUAUCAGUUCUGGAUUGGAUUUCUCUUGACCAUUUAGCAGGGAAGGGUUUCAGCUCUACAGAAAUGCUAACAGGGAGAACAGUUUCAUUUUGAUCAAGUUGAGGCAUCGAUUCUAACGGCUAACUUAUAGGUUACCUAACUUUCCGAACGAGUAACGGGGCACCAUAAUGUUUCCGAGAGGAGUAUGAAUCUACUCAUUCUAGGUGCCCUAACAUUGCACAGGAUUUGCCCUUUUACUGUCUGGAAGCUUUUGUGUAGCUUGCAUAGAAUCAUACAUGUACAAUAGAAUUCUUUGAGGAGAAAAGCGAUUCAGGAAAGGCACUUGUAACUUCUUUUUGUAGUAUCAGAGAAUCACACCAGAACUUCCCAGUGUACUAUAUAUUACAGUUGAAAUAUUCUUUGCUCUUUAAUUAGAUAGAGUGAAUUUUGCAUAUUAUUUCUAGGAUAAACUCCCUUUUAUGGAAUUUUUUUUUCCAUACCAUAUAUUCCAUCGUUAUUAC